AUGAUCGCCAUGGGGAAGCAAAAGCAACAAGCUCCGCUUUUGGACGUUCAAGAGCACAAAGAAUACAUAGAGCUCACAUUGACGUAUUGCCUUGGAGACCUUGCCGCCUUGCAAGCAAUUGGCUGUGGAGGUGGCAUUCUUUAUCUGACGGUUGGAAAUUCGCGAUUGCUGUUUGCCGCGCUGGCAUCCAAGAUCAUUCUGAAACAGGAGUUGGAAACCUGUCAAUGCAUACUUUUGGCGUUCAUGACUGCCUGCAUUGUGGCCUUUGCUGAAGCACAGGCGUCCGGCUACGAUUCAAACCGUUCUGGCAUGUUUGCGGGUUUGUUUUUAGUCCUGCUGAAAUCAUUGCUUUCUGCCUUGGCAGCAGUGUUGACAGAGUCGCGCUACAAGACGAGGAAUGUUUGGGAAGCAAAUACAAUGUUGAAGACGCAGAGCUUCCUCUUGGCACUGGUCAUUUGGGCUCUUACAAGCCUUCUAGAUAAGCGGGAGGCUCUGCAGGUUUGCCCACGCUUUGAAGGUUUGCCGCCAUCUGUAGAGACCCCAUGCGUCGAUUACAGAGGAUGGGAUCGUUGGACCUUUGCUGUCCUGGUGGCAGAGGUUGGCAAUGGGUGGAUCUCGGUGGCCAUCUUGAAGAAUUUGUCGGCAAUCGCCAAGUUUGUAUGCAAAGGUCUGUCUGCGCCAAGUUUGUACGUGUCCUAUUGCUUGAUGGGAAGGAACCAGUUCAAGCUAGCACUAUUUCUGCCCAUCUUGGGCCUGACGGUCUCAAUUGUAUUUUAUGCCAAAGAGACCCUAAAGGUCAUUUACCAAGUUUACUUGCCCACAUGGGUACCUGAAUACCGGCCCACAUUUGUGCCGCACGGCACCAGCAAUUGA